ACUUGGCUUUGUGGCCAGAAAAAGUCGGGCCAGUCUAACGACGAGAGCUGAAGCAUAAAGACAUGCGACUUCUCGGGUGCAACGGCCGUCAGAGUCAUUGAACGCUUGCAUUUUCCUGGGCCAAAAACGCAGAUCAUAAACCACAGACAGACAGCCAGCUUUCGGCUUUGGCUAAAGUUAACAAACUCGGUGAAUUAGAAAAUUAGGAAGCAAUGGUGCUGGCCACGCCCCCCGUUAACAAGGGCAGCAAGCCGGGAAACUGUUUCAUGGACCAGUACCAGCAGUACUCCGCCCAAUGCGAGACCGCUGACAGUGGCAACGGCAGUGACCUGGAGAGCAACGGCCCCCCGGCCAAGCCGGACGACAGCGAGGAGAGCGGUCCCUCCUCCUUGGGCAGCGACUCUACGGAGUACGUCCGCCAGUCGGCCUCCCAACCGAGCGGUCAGCGGCAGCGACAAAAGUCCCUCCGGGUCCUGGGCUCCCUCCUGCCCGACAGCCUUCUGCGGGACAUUCGCGAUCGCCGCAGCUCGGAGUACGUGGUUCAAUAUUCCCCGAAGGAGGAAAAAAAGUUGAAGGAGACCCGCCUGACCCGCGAGUCGCUGAGUGAGGAGAAAAUCGAAGAGCUCCGGGCGGCCGUCGAGCGGGCCAACUUUGUGCAAACCGGUGAGGAGUCGCUGGACAGCAUUGAGGCCACGGCUCAAUCUCUGCCAGCCACCACCAUUGGCAAUAGUGGCCGCAGCAGCAGCAACAUCAACUACAAGUAUGCAGACGACCAAUACUACAGCUUUCACAUUAACGAGCACGAGAACUUUGGCGGCUUCUCGCGAAACGGGGGCGACACGGAUUCCCAUCGGGGAGAGGGGUCGGAGAACGGGAGUCUAACGGAGCAGGCAGAUCUUUUCGCCGGAUACCGGGAUGUGCGGUGCGGAGCCAGUUCCACCCAGUCCACCAUCCGAUCCGCCAAGGGGACCGUGCGGGGCGUCAAGAACCGUGUGCGCAAUGGAAUAGCCACGUUCUUGCAACUCCAGCAGCAGCCGAAUGCCAAGAGCCGAACCUGAUGAAUUGAUGGAAUGAUACCCGGCUUGGCUUGGCCUGGCGCGGUCUGGCUCAGAUCUACGGACUAGAAACACAACGGAUCACCAUACAUACAUUAAGUGGAUGCUAACUGAAUAGAAAUGUUUUAUGGCCAUAUAGCGGGCCGCAUGCAAAUUAGACUGAGAGAUGGAGGAAGCAUUCAAGACUCACAAUGAGGAAAGUGAGAUGCUGCUAAUUAUAAUGCAGCCAGCAGUAUGCAGAGCAAUAAAAAUCGAAAGUGAAAAUGUUGCUUGUCUGGGCAUUGUUUUGUUUUGGUUAUUUCAUUUUUUAUUUUUCUUCUCUGCAGCCCUUUGAGCUUUAGAGUUCAGCGCAUUGCUGGAAGCUAUAAUUAGAGCAUUCACCAAAUUUUUUGAUGGCUGGCCGUAAAUUGGUGGUGCUGGCCAACAAAUCUGCUGGCCGUUCAGAAAACCCACAACUCACUUUGUCACCUUCGAGAAGCAUCAGCAACAUCGCAGCUGGUUUGGUAUUAGCCUCCAUCUCGAUGGCUGUUGCCCAACUCUUCGAUUGGCAAUCACUCUACCACUGGCUCUUGGCCAUACAAGUGACCUGCUUUCUCUUUUGUCCACUUAUAUGUAGCAGUUGUUGCUGCUGUUUUGUGGCUGCUAUUGCUGCUGCUGUUGCUGGUGCUGCAGAUGCUGAUGCUGUGACAAAAGUCGCGCUGAGGUCAACCGUGCAAAUCACGUGUGGUAAUUGUUAAUUGGCGGCGUGUUUAUGUUUUUGGCAAUGCAAAUUAUCAACAUCAGCCGAGUUGACAUUGAACCACUGACAGAUGAGGUGCCACUUGGCGGUUAGGUGCUUUAUUAGCUUCGCUAGUUGCCUUGCUGGCUCGGCUGGAUUGAGGCUUUUCUUUUUCUGUUGAAUUGAAUUGGAAAAACAGCUCCUCGCCGACGUUCACUUCGAGAUGGAGCUCGGAGCUCAAUCUCAAUCGCAAGCUGUCGCUGAAGCUGCAGUUGAAGUUGAAGCUAAUGCUGAGGCUGGAGUUGACUUUCCAUUUGACCGCAGCUCGUUUGUUGUUUGUUUGUUUCGCCUGCUUGUUUAUUGUCUAUUUGGUUCGUGCUGCGUGGCUUUGAACUUUUCUUCGGCUGUGUCGUGAAAUAUUUUUCUCGCUUUUGUCGUUUAUCGUUGACAACGACACCAGCCCCCAGCUGCAUCUCCUGCGGAAUGCCCGUCUUUGUGUAUAUCUCCAUCCACUUCUCAUUACCCAGCCGUGGCCAGCUUAUUAAUUUUCAGUCUUUCCAUUGCAAUGCAAAUUCUGGACGUACCGGUUUCAAGAUGCUUCGAGCCAUGCACAAAAGAAAAACUAAUAAAUUUUCAAGAUGUUAUGACUAUUCAAGAUAGUACCGUAAGGUUACAAAUAGAUUUUACUUUUAUAUUUUUAUCAUGAAUUUCAAUAUCAAUGGAGCUAACUUUGGAUAGGAUUUAUGGUUUUAUAAAAAAAUAUGUCACAUCGACACCUCAUAGAGUACCUAUUGGUCAAGCUUUCCAAAUCCACCACCAUAUUUUUUUCGGUGCACAAAAUGAUACUUGCUAGACAUCACAUGGUGGGGGGAUCAUAUCGCAUCGUAUCGGUCGGACUUGGUUCAUUAGCCAAAGCAGACGCCACCAAAGUUGGCCAACUAACGGAAAUGUUAAUUGUCAAAUGAAAUGAGCGAACCCCCAGCUGAACCGGUUCGGACUUACAAAAUAAGACAUCAUAAAUUGUCGGGAAAACAUUCCAGGUUUUCAUUGUGUGGCUGUCUCUUUAUAUCUGUGCCCGUUUCGUUGCUGGCGCUGUCGAUUGCCUAGCAGUUUUCCUAUUAUUGCUUAAUUGUAUUGAUUAAUAGGAUUUUGAGUGACAUGCAGAGUUGCCCGGUUACGUGACUCCGAGCUAACGAACUCGGCAAUCUGGCAGAGAGUGGCUGAGGUUUUCCACAAGCCGCAGAUCCAA